AUGGAUGCCAUCAUCACCAAUCUAGAGAAAAGCUUCAAGUCUCUAGCCACCAAGGUGCGCCACAGCGUCCAGAAUGAAGAGAUUCUCAAGGAAACAGCGGAAGUCGAAAAAAUUAUACGCUCGGCUAGCGUCAAGAAGACUCAGCCAAAGUUGCGAAAAGUCGCUGUGACUCAAUUACCGACAAUCCGUAUUCCAGAAAUCUUCCAUCUUAAAAAAGUGCUAGCAUUACCAUUCAAGCUUGCCCCUCCACCUAAUACCAGAAUUUCCGUCCCUCAACACCUAAAUCUCAUCCUUUCCGAUUACAAUCGGGCCACAGAAGGCUCGCCUCAAAAUGAGGCCAUGAUUAGAUCUCGCAUAGACGCAAUCAUGCUGACAACUCUAGCUCAAGUCAAGCGUGACUCCACCAACCCGAGAAGUUCGGUUGGUUCCUCUUCCUCGGCGUCUUCGAUCAGCACCGUGAGAUCCCUUCAUCUCCAAUACGAGUUCUCAAUGAAACUCGAAUGGACUGUGGAUAAGGAGCUCGUUCUAAUCGAGGGAAUUGUCGAUUAUUCUCUGUGGUACGGACAGCACAACAACCAUGCCUCAAAUAUGGCCAUGGUUGAAGCGAAGAACCCCGCAAUGCUAAGUACAGGAGUGCUGCAAUGCCUCGCCUAUAUGGCAAUUAUUCAAGAACACAAUACUCGAGCGCAUCAAGACACUCAUGUGUGCGGUAUUGCUACAGACAGUGAUGAAUGGCACUUUUUGAUUCUCCGCCCUGACCGCACGUACAUCCAGAAAAAAUACAAUUGGCUCGACAAUAGCGAGGAGGUUGUCUCGAUGAUAUAUGAAAUCUUUCGCCGUACUGGAGAACUCCAAGGUCCAAAAGUCGGUCGUAUGUCAAGCGGAUCUGGAUUUGAUGCCCGAGCCUCUAAGUCUCCUCGCAAAUGA